AUGAGGGACGGUGACAAUCUAGGUGGGGCUUGGGAGAAAGAUGCCUAUUCAGAAGACAUUCAAUGUGAGUGUCAUUUCAGCUCAAAUGACCCGCCUGACUUGGAAUACAUUCAGAGAUACAUCUUUAAUAAAUUGGAGUAUAUCAGAUAUAACAGCACUCUGAAUAAAUACAUUGGCUACACUGAACACGGGGUGAAAAAUGCUGAAAGAUUUAAUACUGAUGGAAGUGCGGAACAGGCGCAUGAAGACCUGGAUCGCUUCUGCAGGCAUAAUGCUGAACUGAUCUCUUCAGCCAUACUGGACAAGAAAAAUAUACCCGAACCCACCAUCAAAAUCAGAUCUGCUUCACAUAGCAGUCACAAGCACACCUCCAUGCUAGUCUGCAGUGCCUAUGACUUCUACCCCAGAGGAAUCAAAUUGACCUGGCUGAGAGAUGGGAAGGAGGUAACGCAUGAUGUCACCUCCACGGAGGAGCUGGCUGAUGGAAACUGGUUCUAUCAGAUCCACUCACAUCUGGAGUACACACCCAAAUCAGGAGAGACCAUCUCCUGCAGGGUAGAACAUGCAAGUCUCUCUGAAGGCAAAGAGGUUAAGUGGGACCCCAACAUGUCUGAAGUAAAGAGAAACAAGGUGAUCAUUGGUGCCUCUGGCCUGGUGCUGGGGCUAAUAAUCACAAUUGCCGGAGUGGUCUAUUACAAGAAGAAAUCCACUGGGAGAAUUCUGGUCCCAUCAAGUUAAGGUGCAGAAUUAUUAAGCAACUGGAUCAUGAGGAUGAACUCUGUGUUUCUUGGUGAUUGAAACCUUAGUCUACAUAUUUUUAAUCUAAUUUUUAAAUAAUAUGUUGAUGCAUUCAAUGUUGUUUUGCUUGGAUUGGAUAUAGAUUCAGAUGUUUUCACAAUAUGGAAAUGGCUUUUCUUUCGUGUUUUAACAACCAAUAUUCUUAAUAUUCUUAACAUCUGUCUUAUGGAUAUUUUAAAAACUAAAUGAUGUACAAUCCACUAUUCUUCAUAUAUUGAAAAAUACGCCAUAUGUCAUCAGACUGUGUGCCAUUCUGUGAUAAGAAUGUACUGUAGGCAAUAAUGGGGCUGUUAAAUCCUUCAUGUUGUAUUUUCCUGGUCUAUUUUCAUGUAUUUUAUUUUAGUAGCAUUUUUCUUAAAAUGUCCAAUGGUAUUGACUACUCUGUUCAUGUAACAUUUCCUUUCACA